AUGAUUCCGGAAAUAUUUCAAACCACAGUUUAUUACCCGACAUUCCGGAAUACCAACCCACCUCCUACACCCCCGACAUUCCGGAAUACCAACUCACCUCCCACACCCUCAACAUUCUGGAAUACCAACCCACCUCCCACACCAUUACAAUUCACGGACGAUGGCGCACAAUGCCAAAUCCUGUCAAAACAGACAUCAUGUGCAUACACAGAUAUAGAACAGACAUGGACAUACACACAGACACAGCGCAGACACACACACACCGACACACAUAGAAAAUGCACGGACAUGCGCACAGACACACAAGCGCAUGCAGACAUACACAGUCAAAGAAAAGCGAUAGUGCAUAAGGAGGGAAGGCAUUGUACCGUUAGCAAUAGCAUCAUUAGUGGAAAGUCUUUGGAUUUUCCUGACGAUACGGAAUUUGAUAUGAAAGGGAUACAUCAGACCGCACGAUGUACAAGUGGACAUGCCACGUGA